UGUCUGUUUGCAAUUUAUGUGCAGGAGGUGAAGAUUUUGAUCAGAGAGUAAUGGAGCAUUUUAUUAAGUUGUACAAAAAGAAGACUGGAAAAGAUAUCAGAAAUGAUAAUCGUGCUGUUCAGAAACUUCGUCGUGAAGUAGAAAAGGCCAAGAGAACUUUGUCGAGUGCUCAUCAGGCUCGUAUUGAAAUUGAAUCAAUGUACGAGGGUGAAGAUUUCAGUGAAACUCUCACAAGAGCUAAAUUUGAAGAAUUAAAUAUGGACUUGUUCCGUUCAACCUUGAAACCUGUACAGAAAGUUUUAGAAGAUGGUGAUCUACAGAAAAAGGAUAUUCAUGAAAUUGUACUUGUUGGUGGAUCUACUCGUAUUCCCAAGAUCCAGCAAUUAGUAAAAGAAUUUUUCAAUGGAAAAGAACCAACCCGAGGAAUAAAUCCUGAUGAAGCUGUUGCUUAUGGUGCAGCUGUUCAAGCUGGUGUCCUUAGUGGAGAAGAAGAUACCGGAGAACUAGUUUUGCUGGAUGUCAACCCUUUGACUCUUGGUAUUGAAACUGUUGGUGGAGUAAUGACAAAACUUAUUCCAAGAAACUCUGUUAUUCCUACCAAAAAGUCCCAGAUUUUCUCUACUGCUUCAGACAAUCAGAAUACUGUUACCAUUCAGGUGUAUGAAGGAGAGCGUCCAUUGACAAAAGAUAAUCAUCAAUUAGGAAAAUUUGACUUGACUGGAAUUCCUCCAGCUCCAAGAGGUGUUCCUCAAAUUGAAGUGACCUUUGAAAUUGAUGUUAAUGGUAUCUUGAAAGUAACAGCAGAAGACAAAGGUACAGGAAACAAAGAGAAGAUCACCAUCACUAACGAUCAUAAUAGGUUGACUCCGGAAGACAUCGAAAGAAUGAUUAAGGAUGCGGAGAAGUUUGCCGACGACGACAAGAAGGUUAAAGAACGCGUAGAAGCUAGAAACGACUUGGAAUCCUAUGUAUAUUCUCUUAAAAACCAAAUAGGUGAUAAAGAUAAAUUGGGUGCUAAACUUUCUAAUGAAGAUAAAGAAAAAUUGGAAGAAGUCAUUGAAGAAAAAAUAAAAUGGCUGGAAACCAAUCAAGAAGCAGACACGGAAGAAUUCAAAGCCCAGAAAAAAGAAGUCGAGGACAUCGCCCAGCCCAUUAUUUCCAAGUUAUAUGCGGGGGCAGGUGGCGGUGCACCUCCAGAAGAGGAGGACGUAAAAGACGAACUAUAAAUGUGAUGAUAUUAGUAAGUUUUCUUCAUCUAGAAUUUGGCCGUGUCAACUUCAGAUGAAUAAUUCCAUUUGAAAUAGUAUUUUAGUUUCUGUCCAUUACAUUAAUGGUUCUCCAUUAUACAUCAUCAUAUUGUCAUUUUUUGCCAUUUCUGUAAAGAACAGAAUGGACUGAAUAACUUACUGGGAACAGUGUCACUGAAUAUUUAUACUGUUUUGUCUUUUGACUUGUAAAAUCACAUUUGAAAUGAAUAAAUUGUAAAUACACUUCAUUCA